AUGGCGGAGAAGAAAAAUGAGUUUCCACCGGGGGUGGAGGCGAACAGGCGUUUGCUGGCUUUUGAUACGUGGGAGGACUAUUUGGACUCACUCAUUGAAAUUGCAGAUCUACGCAAUUUACGGAGCAUCAAAUCGGCGCGAACUAUAGCGGCUUUUGGUUAUAGAGCAAACGGCGACACACUAAGUGAAAAGGAAUUUUACUCACGUCGAGCCGCUAUACACUCCAUUGUAUUCCCUGUGGUCCGGCCCUACGUGUUGGUCAGUGAAGGGGCCAAAAUUGAAGACCCGUUUUUCCGGGAACUGGCUGUACGUGAACGGGCCAAUAGAGUCGGGAUAUUACAGUCGGUCAUUUUCAUUCGACAUUUCACCAAAAGCGGCUUCGAAAUAUCCGGCUACAUAGAUUACGCGCAUCGGCUCAUAACGGAGGAUUGGACGCCAUUUUUCAAAAGCAAUAAAAUGCUGUUGCCACGGGAUUCUGAUUUGGGAUACUAUCAUUGGAGACAUGGCACUGUGAGAAGCAAUAUCAGUAGAAACUACAAGCCAUUGAUGGAUACAGAGAGGGGUCUGCUUUUCCAAAAUCGUCACGACCACAAGAUAAUUUUCCCCGACCCGCGACACGAUCCCGGUCAGAACACAACUAAGCAGAGAGUGUAUACCAAACGAUACACACAGAUCGAAAUAUACGAUCACGUUGUUCGAAGAAAAACUUGAGAAUUUGAUUCAUGCCAAGAAUAAUUCCGGCCAGUUUAUAAUC